CACAGUCAUCUAAUGAACUUGUGUUGUGUUGAGAUAAUGUUCGUUUGCUGAUCUCAGUUUACGUUUUUGUGUCAGAUUCUUCACAGGGGACAUUUUCAUUUAACCACGUAUCUAGCCAUGUCAGUUUACGAUCUCGUUAGUGCGAAAGAUCAUUCAGAAUUGCACGCAGUAUCCGGGAAACAACAAGACAAUAAAAAUCUUAAAGAAUUCAAAGCUUUUGAAAAACCGCCUUACACAAAUGCGGUAUCAUGUGACGUUUUAAAUUCUGAGAGCUCCAGGGAGGAUGGGCCUGAAGACUGUACCAUCACAAUACAAGACUCUAAUCAGCAACACCGACAGCUGCUGUACAACUUGACCGAAACGCCCCCGCUGCACUACCUCGUGCUCUUCGCCAUCCAGCAGAGCUGCUUGGCUAUUUCCACGCCCCUGGGAACCGCUGUUAUCGUCGCCGAGGCGGUCUGUGCUAACGAUGAGGACGAGAUCAAAGUUAAGAUUCUCAGCUCCACAAUGAUGAUGAUGGGGAUGUCCACGUUCGCCAUGACAACCUUUGGGGUCAGACUCCCGAUAUUCCAGGGUCCUGCAGCGACGUACAUUAUUCCCCUGCUCGCCAUGAUGUCGCUUCCGGAGUUCAGCUGCCCGGCCACCAUUAGAAUCGUAGACCCGGCCACCAACGGUACCGCACUGUUCGUUUUGGUCAACAACGUCACUGUGAGAAACUCGGACAUAGUUCAAGAAAGAAUCAAUGCCUACGCGGGCAGUUUAAUGCUGGCAGGAUUUCUACAUUGCUUAGCGGGCCUCACUGGUUUCGUCGGCCUCCUGGCAAGAUUCGUGGGUCCGAUAACAAUCGUUCCGGUGGUAACACUAUUCGGUAUUUACAUCCACACGGUGGUGGUGAGCUUCUCCGAGACCAACUGGCUCGUGGCGGUCCUGACAUCAGUCACGUGUCUUGUCCUGGGUCUAUACCUCGGUGACUACAACAUGCCCAUGCCCACGUGGAGUUCCGGGCGUGGGUUCCACGUUACAUGGCAACCGUACCACCGCAUCUUCGCCCUGCUUAUCAGCAUACUGCUGGGCUGGAUGGUCAGUUUUGUUAUGACGGAGUACAAUUUCCUCCCUAACGACCCCGCUGACAUCUCGUACAACGCAAGGACGGACGCCAGGUCUCAGUCAGUGAGAGACACGAGCUGGUUUCUGUUUCCCUACCCCGGUCAGUUCGGCAGUAUGACUUUCAGCUUCGGGGCUUUCAUAACGUUCAUGAUAAACACUAUCUUGUCCAUACUAGACUCUAUCGGGGAUUACAAAGCAACGGCCCGGGUUUCCAAUGCGGUGCCUCCGCCAGCCUACGCUGUCAACAGAGGAAUAGCUGUUGAAGGUUUGUUGAGCAUUAUAAGUGGGAGCAUGGGAUGCGGGCACGCGACAGUUUCAUACAGUGAAAAUGUUGGCGUAAUCGGGAUCAGCAAAGUGGCGAGCCGGAGUGUUUUUCAAAUCGUGGGUGUCAUAUACAUCGCCUUUGCUGUUUUCGGAAAAGUGGGAGCUUUUUUUAUGUGUAUGCCUUACUCUGUCAUAGGCGGGUCCCAGAUCAUAUCUUUCGGGAUCCUUAUCGGGGUCAUCCUGUCGUAUCUACAGCUCAUCGAUCUGAAUUCCAUUCGCAACCUCAGCAUUAUCGGGAUCGCGCUAUUACUUGGGAUGAUGAUGCCUCACUGGGUUCAGAAGAAUCCUUCCGCAAUAAAUACAGGAUAUCAACAUCUUGAUAACCUCAUUAAUUUAUGCCUCUCUAACCCGCCGUUCGUAGGUGGCGUUUUUGCUUGUUUCAUGGAUAACACGGUGCCUGGCACGGACCGUGAAAGAGGUGUGAACGGUGUGAUAGGGCGCGUUGCUGACGAAAAAGACGAGAAAAAAGAGCUGGAGAAACUGUACGAUCAUGGCCCGGAAGUCUAUCGCCUGCCACUGAUUGAUGACUCAAUUGGUCGAUGGAAAAUUGCCAGAUUUUUUCCUAUUUUCGAACCACAACAAAAAACCCAUUAUAAGUAAUCUGUUGCAAACACAGGCACAGGGACACAGAGGAAAAAAAAAAGAUCAUUAAUUAACUCAGCUAAAGUUACAGAUUGAACAUAUCUUUUCCUAUUUUGCUAGACACCAAUUAUUUUUUUUAAAACAGUGACAUUGACGAUAUCAGAUACCGUAAGUUUUUAAUUAAUUUUGAAAAAUAUAUAAUGCCGAAAGGAUUUUUUUCUUCAUAGCUAACGUUUGAUGAGGGUAGUGCUCAAGAUCUCAAGGCCUAUCAUACGCUGACUAGACUAAAAAUGCACAAUGGCCGACGUUUGGAGAGUAACUAUAUUAUUCUCGUUUGACACUAAGCAAAUUGAUCUAGUGAUAUCAAAAUGAUAUAAUUAUUUUGUAAGAG